GAGAAGCGCGAGGCCGACGCUAUCGCUAAGGCACAGGAGGAGGAAGUCGACGAUGAGAUCGUCAACGACAUGUACGGAAAGGAGCACAUCAACGUCGUCUUCAUGGGUCACGUCGAUGCUGGUAAGUCUACCAUGGGUGGUAACAUCCUCUUCUUGACCGGUAUGGUCGACAAGCGAACGAUGGAGAAGUACGAGCGUGAGGCGAAGGAGCAAAACCGUGAGUCGUGGUAUUUGUCAUGGGCACUUGACUCCACCAAGGAGGAGCGUGCGAAGGGUAAGACCGUCGAGGUUGGUCGUGCGUAUUUCGAGACUGAGAAGCGCAAGUACACUAUUCUCGACGCUCCUGGUCACAAGUCUUUCGUUCCUCACAUGAUUGGUGGUGCGGCUCAGGCUGAUGUCGGUGUUCUCGUUAUUUCUGCCCGUAAGGGUGAGUACGAGACUGGUUUUGAGAAGGGUGGACAGACCCGUGAGCACGCCGUUUUGGCUAAGACUCAGGGUGUCAACAAGCUUAUUGUUGCUGUUAACAAGAUGGAUGACCCUACUGUUCAGUGGUCUAAGGAGCGUUACGAUGAGUGUACUACUAAGCUCGCUCAGUUCUUGAAGGGUACUGGGUACAACCCCAAGACUGAUGUUCACUUCAUGCCCGUUUCUGGUUUCACUGGUGCUGGUUUGAAAGACCGCGUUGACCCUAAGGUCUGCCCGUGGUACGAUGGCCCAUCAUUGCUCGAGUACCUCGAUGGUAUGCCCAUGCAGGAGCGUAAGCUCAACGCUCCCCUCAUGAUGCCCAUCUCCGUCAAGUACAAGGACAUGGGUACCGUCAUCGAGGGUAAGAUCGAGUCCGGACACAUCAAGAAAGGCCAGAGCAUCCUCAUCAUGCCCAACAAAGAUGUCGUCGAAGUCACCAAUAUGUUUGCUGAGUCCGAGGAGGAAGUCGACAUGGCUACCUGUGGUGACCAGGUCCGUUUGAGGCUCAAAGGUAUUGAGGAGGAGGAUGUCAUGCCUGGAUUCGUCGUUUGCGGUGUGAAGAAGCCCGUGCACGCUGUUACGGCCUUCGAGGCCCAGGUUGCCAUUAUCGAGUUGCCAUCCCUCUUGACUGCCGGUUUCUCCUGCGUUCUCCACGUUCACACCGCAGUCGAGGAAGUCACCUUCGGCGCUCUCCUCCACAAACUCGACAAGACCAACAGACGAUCAAAGAAGGCCCCUGCGUUCGCUACUCGUGGUAUGAAGAUCAUCGCUCGUUUGGAGUUGGCUGGACCGGUUUGUGUUGAGACGUUUGAGGAUUACCCCCAGCUUGGACGUUUUACGUUGCGUGACCAGGGUAAUACUAUUGCUAUUGGAAAGAUUACGAAGUUGAUUACGCAGGAGGUUGUUGAGGCGGAGGCUGCUGCUGCUGCGCAGUAG